GUUCGUGACAGUUCAGCGCGCCAAAUCGACAGAAGCCACAAAGAGAGACUAUACCAUAAGACUUGUCCAACAUUUGCUCAGUAAAACAACAAACCUGAGCUGUAAACUUUGUCAGGACAUUCAAGAGAAAGCACUGUACCCAGUGUUUCCUGUUUUAACGUGGUAAAAUCCUGAAGGAUGGGUUUGCUCGAACGGUGUCAGGAGCUCUUCAAGACCCAAAACCUGUACGAGGUGCUGGGCAUAAACAAAGAGGCAUCCGAGGCAGACAUCCGGAGGAGCUACUACAAAGUGUCGCUCAAAGUCCACCCUGACCGGGCUCCUGAAGACGCACAGGCCACAGAGAAGUUCCAGGUGUUGGGAAAACUGUAUGCAGUGCUGAGCGAUAAAGAGCAGAGAGCUGUGUAUGAUGAGCAGGGGGUGGUGGAUGAAGAGUCUGAUGUCCUGAGUCAAGACCGCUGCUGGGAAGACUACUGGAGGCUGCUUUUCCCAAAAAUCACGGUCCAAGACAUCCUUGAGUUUGAAAAGAAAUAUAAAGGUGGUGAUGAGGAGCGACAGGAUUUGAUCCAGCUGUACAUGCAGCACAAGGGAGACAUGGAUGCCAUCACAGCCUCGGCUCUUUGCUGCUCCCAGGAAGACGAGCCCAGGAUCUGCAGCAUCAUCCAGGCUGCCAUUGACAGCGGAGACGUUGAGGCAUUCCCUGCGUUCACUCAAGAGAAUGAAAAGAAGAAGCGGGCUCGUAGGAAGAGGGCUGACAGAGAGCGAAAAGAAGCAGAGGAAAUGCAGAAAGAGAUGGGGCUCGGGGAUGAAGAUGACAGUCUUGUGAUGAUGCUUAAGCAAAGACAGCAGUCAAGAGAGAAGAAUUUUAACAGUUUUCUGUCUGAUCUUGAAGCAAAAUACUCAAAGAAAAGUGAGAAAUCUCAAAAAGGGAAAAAGGCAAAAAAAUGAACAGCAAACAGGGUUUGGUGUCAUAGACAAAAUGUACAUAUAUCCUCAUGAUUUCAUAAACCUUUUUGGGUUAAUAGACCAUCCUGCUUUUUAGUCACACCUGCCUUCCUGAAAUUUUCCUUUAACUGCCCUGAGUAGUUUUUUGUGGCACCUAAAAUCAGUGUUAAUGCAUCUUUAAAUUGUUUUUGUAUGUUGUUGCCUUGUUAAACACAAAUAAAUUCAUAUUUAUACAUCA